AGAAACAGGGAUAGCGGAGGGGGAAAAGCCAAAUAAAAAAACUAGAGAAAAAAGAAGCAGGCUUGACUGCCAAUUGGAGGUCAAACCAGAGCAGCAUCCCUGCCUAUAAAUACACUCUCUCCACUGGCCCGAAACUGACACCACCACCACCAAGGCAGGAGCGGCGGCGAUCCAUUUCACACAACCACCCCCGCUCGCCGCAGGAGUUUCCAGAUCUUCCUCCGGUCACAGGAGCUCCGAGCCCUCUCCAAUGGCGGUCAAGGUCUACGUCGUGUACUACUCCACGUAUGGACAUGUUGGCAAACUAGCUGAAGAGAUCAAGAAAGGUGCCUCAUCUAUUGAAGGUGUUGAGGCUAAAAUAUGGCAGGUCCCUGAAACUCUCCCUGAGGAAGUGCUUGGAAAGAUGGGCGCACCCCCUAAGCCUGAUGUGCCAGUCAUCACACCGCAAGAACUUGCAGAAGCUGAUGGAAUCCUCUUCGGGUUUCCAACAAGGUUUGGAAUGAUGGCAGCGCAAAUGAAGGCGUUCUUCGAUGCUACUGGUGGGCUCUGGAGGGAGCAGAGCCUUGCUGGCAAGCCUGCCGGCAUCUUCUUCAGCACUGGAACCCAGGGUGGUGGCCAAGAGACUACACCGUUGACCGCGAUUACCCAGUUGACACACCACGGCAUGGUGUUUGUGCCUGUGGGCUACACCUUCGGCGCCAAGCUGUUCGGCAUGGACCAGGUUCAGGGUGGCAGCCCCUAUGGUGCUGGCACGUUCGCUGCCGACGGCUCGAGGUGGCCGAGUGAGGUGGAGCUCGAGCACGCCUUUCACCAGGGGAAGUACUUCGCAGGCAUCGCCAAGAAGCUCAAGGGUUCUGCUUGAUCUGCACAUACCCUUCUCAGAUACCGUAAAACAUUUACAGAUUCGUCAUACCCAUCAAUAGAUCGGUCUGUUCUUAUGUGGCUCAUUGGAACUCCUGCCGUAUGAUAUGGUUUUUCAUGCUCUGGUGACUUGGUUGUAAUCUGGAGUUGGACUAUUGUGUUUCUGUCGCUUAAAUUUCGAUGAUUGCUCAACUAAACGACUUGCCGCUGGUUGAUCUGU